AUGCACGAAAGUGGGAGACAAGAGACAGAAGGCAUUCCCACAGUGGCUACCUCUCCACUUGAGCUGGCGACGCAACGACCAAUAUCCAGGAUAUCACUUACCUUUGAUGCAUCGCAAACUGUUCAAGAAGAUGAGCCAUCAACUACUUCGAAUCGACCGAAUGUUCGUAUUCCCAAAUGGAAGCUUAUAUCGCUCUACGUCAGUAUUUGUGCCGGGCUAUUCCUCGCUUUCCUUGACACAUCCAUUGUCGCAACUGCUCUAUACACCAUCGGAGAGGAGUUCCAUUCGCUCUCCAAGAUCAACUGGAUAGCAUUAUCGUAUACGUUGGCUUAUUUGGGAUGCACUGCUAUAUUUGCUUCUUUGUCAGAUGUUGUUGGUCGCCGCAAUGCAUACAUUGCUGCAUCAACACUGUUCAUUGCCUUCUCCCUAGGCUGCGGUUGGGCUCAGGAUCUCAAUCAGCUCAUCGCGUUCCGUACGUUGCAAGGCAUUGGUGGAAGCGGACUUUACAGCAUUGGCUUUAUCAUUCUACCAGAGAUCAGCAGCGUGAAGAUGGCACAAAUGAUUGGUGCUUUGGCUGGCGGUGUCAUAGCCAUGAGCGGCAUUCUGGGCCCUAUCCUCGGGGGCAUUAUUACGAAUUACACUACCUGGAAAUGGAUAUUUUGGAUCAACGGUCCUAUCGCUAUCGGACCUUCCAUCUUGUUUGUUCUUGCGUGGCCGAACGAAAAGCAACUUCCACCAAUAGAGCUACGCCCGUUCCGCCAAAUGGACUUUCUGGGCUGCUUUUUGCUGAUUGCAGCGAUUGUCCCGUUCGUAUUCGCUUUCCAAGAGGCUGGCAUACACAUCCUCUUGAACAGACAGGUGUGGAAUUCAGCCAUCUUCGUAGCGCCACUGGUCGUAGGAAUCAUGUGCUGGAUUGCUCUGUUUGGGUGGGAAUACAUUGUCUCGAUCCACAGGUCCGCAUCCAUCAACGCACUAUUCCCGUUACGUCUUGCCAAAAGCAGAGUCUACCUAUCUGCUGUCGCUACAACCAUGAUGUCAGGCUUUCCUUACUUCGUGGUUAUCUAUUCGCUACCAACUCACUUCCAGGUCGUCAAUGAACGAAGUGCACUCGUAUCUGGCAUUGCUCUUCUCCCUUUGCUUGGCACCUCCGCAAUUGGCACCACACUUGCUGGAGCAUUUUCUAUGAAGAAGAACAAUACAUUUCCGACAAUGAUGACAGGCGCAGCGCUGAUGCUGAUUGGUACUGCAGCCCUGUCUACCCUUGGCAGUGAAACGGAUACAGAAGCGAAGGCUUAUGGUUUACAAGUUUUUGUCGGACUUGGUUUCGGCUUGAUCAUCAGCACAUCCAGUAUGAUAGCCAGCUUGGAGAGCGAAAUCAGAGAUAACGCCGUCGCUCAAGGUCUUGUCGCACAGGUCCGCGUACUUGGUGGUAGCAUUGGUAUUGCAGCUUCCUCUGUUAUCCUGAGCAUAAAGCAGCGACAAAUGCUUCUGGAAAGUGGAUUACUCACACCAUCUCAGUUGCAGUCCCUACGGAACGCUAUGUCAACACUUUCAGCAGGCGAGGUUCGUGUUGUUAAGCAAGCAUAUACUGAUGCGUUUGAUGAGACUCUCGUCGUUUGCUCGAUCUUUUCGGGGCUCUGUGUGCUCGUUGCACUUGGAUCUUGGCGCAGACACCCGCUCAGCAUACGAGAAAUGCGCGAGGAGCAGUUCAGGAAGGAGGCUAUCAGGCAGCGAGCCCUCACGGAGCUGCGAAUUCCGGAGAAUGCAAAGGGACCAAAAGAUGGAUCGAUGGCAUGA